AUGGUACUUUGCUUUCUUUGUUAUAUACUGAAACUUUAUAAUUGUUAUCUUAAUAUCUUUGGAUUUUGUAAAAGAAGUCUUUAUUCUUUAAAGAUUCCAAAGAGAGAAUUUUCUAUAUGGAAUCAUGACUUUUGGGAAUUUGAUACUUAAGUAGGAUAUUCACUUUAUGGUGAUUUUACAAUAAUAUAAUUAAUAAUAUCACAUAGUUUUAUUAAGAUGAAGUAGACUCAUGACAUUAGAAAUGAUGAACUUGAAUUUAAAAUAUUCUUAGGAAAAAAGAAUCCUAAAGAAUUAAUUAAAUAAUAUAAUUAAUAUUUAAAUGGUUGGGAAUUGCAUCAAUUUUGGGCAUUUGGAUGGCAUUAAAGCAGAUGGGGAUAUUAAAUUACUUCUGUUAUUAAAGAUGUUAUAAGAAAUUAUAAAGAAUCUGAUAUUCCAUUAGAAGUUAUUUGGACUGAGUUAGAUUAUAUGUAGGUUAGAAAAGAUUUUACUUUAAAUGAAGUAUUAUAUCCAAGAGAAGAUCUAUAAAACAUAACUUAAUAAGAUGGAGUUUGUUAGAUUCCAAUUUUAGAUCUUGGAAUAGCAAUAGAUGGUGAUUGUGGAAGAGAUCUUGUAAAAUCAAGGGCAUAUAUUAAGAGUAAUAGAUGA